AUGAUGGCACCUACAACCACACCCACUCAUUCAUCUGUUUCCACACUUUCCCCACUUCCUUUGUCUGCUUAUAACCCCUUCACCCUCCACCCCUUUUCCACUCCCAAACUUUUCUUUCCCUUCAUAUUCUGGCACCACGUUAUCACCAAACACACAAUGCCAACCCCCCACUGUUUCCUCACAUUCUCAUUCCUCCUCCUCUCUUGCCACCUCCUCAAGGGCCAAAAGGACACUGAUUUUGGUCAGGCCAUAGACCGCAAGUUGUUAGGCCUAAAGAAGAAAGAAAAACUGAGCCAUUUCAAGUUCUAUUGGCAUGACUUAGUGAGUGGACGCAACCCCACUUCAGUGUCGGUUGUUCCCCCAACUUUGAAGCUGAACACCACCACAGCAUUUGGCUUGGUCAACAUGAUCGACAAUCCUUUGACUUUGGGACCUGAAUUGAGUUCCAAGCUUGUGGGGAAGGCUCAGGGGUUCUAUGCCUCAGCUUCCCAGAGUGAGAUUAAUCUUCUCAUGGCUAUGAACCUUGCAUUCUCUGAAGGGAAGUACAAUGGCAGCACCAUCACCAUCUUGGGGAGGAACUGUGUUUUUCACAAGGUGAGGGAGAUGCCUGUGAUUGGAGGCAGUGGGCUUUUCAGGUUUGCUAGAGGGUAUGCAGAGGCUAGGACUAAUUGGUUUGAUUACAAGACUGGGGAUGCUACUGUUGAGUACAAUGUUUAUGUUAUGCAUUAUUGA